GUCAGCAGUCAGCGGUUUUUACAGUGCUGCCCACUUUCAGCGCAUCGGCGAACGUGCUCCAUACGCUGCCUUUUUCGAAGAAGGCCAGUGCGUCAAUCCCGUUCGAUUCCUGUUUGAUCGAUAACAACGACGCGCCCGGCCGGCAACACAUGUUUCGGAACUUGCUGGGACAACUUUCACCAAUCGUUCGCAAUAACAAACCGGUGCUUGGAAUCCAUCGCAAUCGGAGGCUGAUCGUGCAUAGGAACGUAUCUUCAGCCAGCACAAUGUCUCUGGAAGCGGCGAAGCGUUCUGCCGCGUACAAGGCGGUUGAUGAAUACGUUAAGGACGACACGGUGGUCGGUGUCGGCUCGGGAUCGACGGUCGUGUACGCGGUGCUCCGUAUCGCUGAGCGCGUGAAAGCCGAAGGGUUGAAGCUGAUCUGCGUACCCACCAGCUUCCAGGCCCGCCAGCUUAUCAUCGAAAACGGGCUCGUCCUGGGCGAUCUGGAGAGUAAUCCGCAGCUGGAUUGUGCCAUCGACGGUGCCGACGAGGUGGACGCGCAGAUGGUGCUGAUAAAGGGUGGCGGCGGUUGUUUGUUGCAGGAAAAGAUUGUGGCAUCCUGUGCCGAUCGGUUCGUGGUGAUUGCAGACUACACAAAGGAUUCCACCAGGCUGGGCCAACAGUAUCACAAGGGCAUUCCGAUCGAGGUCGUACCGAUGGCGUACGUGCCGAUCCGAGACCGGAUCGGUGCCACUUUCGGUGGCAGUCUCAAACUGCGGAUGGCCGUCGCUAAGGCAGGACCCGUCGUAACGGACAACGGGAACUUCAUUCUGGACUGGCACUUUGAGGAUGACAGGGACCACAACUGGGACGAUGUGAACCGCGAAAUCAUGAUGAUCCCGGGUGUGGUCGAGACGGGCCUCUUUGUCGGGAUGGCCACGAAGGCGUACUUUGGACAGAACAAUGGAACGGUGACGGAGCGUAGUGUUUGAGGGCUGGUGCACCCGAAAAAAGUGAGAUUUGGUUUUUCUUUUUACUUUUGUCUUUAUUAUCCUCCUAAGCACUGAACGGAACGGGGAGAUCGUAAUAAAUAGAAAUUAAACGAUGGAACGCGAGAAGGUAUCGUACAAAAGGGUUACUGGCCAAUGCAGCAGAGAGCCGUCGAGUGCCUAGAAUGACUUUUUGUUGCGCUCCGGUAGCAGCGUUUCCUUCGCGUAGCUGAACAGCGACAACAGUCCCGCCUUUUUCCGGCUCGAGAAGUAGUUUGUGACUACAUCGUCAUUGCCACCGAGCAGGUGCGUCCGUUCGUUGCUCGUCGGCAGCACAUUGUCGUUGGCGGAAAGGGACACGAACAGUGCGAACGGUACCAGCCAGAGGCAGAGCGUAAAGUACGCCAUUACCUCCGUGAACGCGUGAUACUGC